UGUUACCGGGACCUGGCGCUGGUCAGCAGGGAUGGGAUGAACAUCGUCCUCAACAAGAUCAACCACAUCCUGAUGGAGAAGUACCUGAAGCUGCAGGACACCUGCAGGACACAGUUCUGUGUGUGCCUGCUCAGGGAGAGGUUCAUGGACUGUUUCAUGAUCGGCCGGGACCUGGUGCGGCUGCUGCAGAACGUGGCUCGGAUCCCCGAGUUCGAGCAGCUCUGGAAGGACAUCCUGCACAACCCGCAGGUGCUCAGCCCCCAGUUCACAGGGGUGCUGCAGCUGCUGCAGUCCAGGACCUCCCGCAAGUUCCUGGCGUGUCGGCUCACGCCCGACAUGGAGACCAAGCUGCUCUUCAUGACCUCGAGGGUGCGCUUUGGGCAGCAGAAGCGCUACCAGGACUGGUUCCAGCGGCAGUACCUGGCCAUCAUCGGCUGGCUGCUCACCACCUGCACGUCCAACGUGGCCGCCUCCAACGCCAAGCUGGCUCUGUUCUACGAUUGGCUCUUCUUCAACCCCGAGAAGGACAGCAUCAUGAACAUCGAACCUGCCAUCCUGGUCAUGCACCACUCCAUGAAACCCCACCCGGCCAUCACGGCCACGCUGCUGGACUUCAUGUGCAGGUGAAAAUCGAGGAGCCCGUUGCCAUGGAGAUGGAGAAUCACCUGGAGAAGGAUGACGGUUGCUAUGACAACGCCGAGGCCGCCUUCAGUGACGAUGAGGAGGAGCUGAGCAGCAAAGGGGGCAAGAAGAGGGAGUUCCGCUUCCAUCCCAUCAAGGAGUCCAUCGUGGAGGAGCCCGUGGACAUCACCCCGUUCCUGGAGCAGCUGGACGAGUCCCUGAGGGACAAAGUGCUGCAGCUGCAGAAGGGCAGUGACACGGAGGCGCAGUGCGAGGUCAUGCAGGAGAUCGUGGAUCAGGUCCUGGAGGAGGACUUUGACUCGGAGCAGCUCUCCGUUCUCGCCUCGUGCCUGCAGGAGCUCUUCAAGGCCCAUUUCCGCGGGGAGGUGCUGCCGGAGGAGAUCACGGAGGAGAACCUGUGCCAGAUGCAGGAGGACAACAGCGGCUUCUCGCUGCUGCUGGACCUGCUCUCGGAGCUCUACCAGAAGCAGCCCAAGAUCGGAUAUCACCUGCUCUACUACCUGAGGGCCAGCAAGGCGGCGCUGGGCAGGAUGGCGCUCU